AUGAGUCAUUUUUACAACACACAAAACAAACCCUGGAUCCUGCAGAAUGUUAAAGCCAGAGUUCAUGGAGCAGCGAGGGCGAAGGGUCUGGACGAGGCGAAAGAAAAGUCAGAGCCUCACUGGGACCUCACUGGGACCUCACUGGGACCUCACCAGAGCCUCACUGGGGCCUCACUGGGACCUCACCGUAGCCUCACUGGGACCUCACUGGGACCUCACUGGGACCUCACCAGAGCCUCACUGGGGCCUCACUGGGACCUCACCGUAGCCUCACUGGGACCGCACUGGGGCCUCACCAUAGCCUCACUGGGGCCUCACUGGGACCUCACCGUAGCCUCACUGGGACCUUACUGGGACCUCACCAGAGCCUCACUAGGGCCUGGCUGCGGCCUCACUGGGAACUCACUAGGGCCUCGCUGCAGCCUCACUGGGACCUCACCAGAGCCUCACCAGAGCCUCACUGGGACCCAUAGGUGUUAG